UUUUUCAUUUAUGUCUAAAACUUUGUACGAGACGAAACUCUAGCGCGCUCGAAAACAAAAGUGAAUUUAAUUAAAAUAAUCAGCAACAUAGUCAACAUGUCGCGCACACCGAGGCGACUGACAAAGGUGUCUCUGUUAGUGGGAGUGCUGCUGCUGCUGAUUUCAUCUGAGACAGUGCAGGCGAAGCGUUGGUUUGGCGGCGGCGGCAGCAAGAGUCGCUCAAGCUCCAGCACCAGCUAUUCAGCAAGACGACCAUCUUCUUCCUCUUCUUCAGGCACGCACUCGCAUUCAAAUUUUGACAAUACGCGUUUGAGCUAUGCGCCAAGUCAAUCCAAGCCGGCUUAUACGAGUCACACGAGUCAUACGAGUCAUGCCGCUGCGCCAGCUCCAGCUGUAGGCUGGAACGUGCCUGCCAAGCCAGCGGGUCCACCGCCUGCUUACUCAGCGCAUAAUCCUGUGGGUGGUGCUCGCACCAAUGUGCAUGAGCCACCACCAGCUUACAAUCCUUCGUACAAGGCAAAUGCGCCGCCGCCCAGUUACUCCGCAGCCAACAGUCAAGCUCGCCCAGCUGGCAAUACGCACUACACGCCAGCAAGUGUCUACAGACCGCGCGCUAACUCCACUGGCGGUGGCUUUGGUGGUGGUAGCUAUCACCAGCCCAUUACAGCUACGAAUACGCAUGGCGUGCAGUCAAGUUAUCCAGGCGCUACUUAUCACAGUCCAGGACAUUUGCCACCAGGCGCUACUUAUCAUAGUGCAGGUUCUUUGCCAGCUGUCGCUACUUAUCAUCCAUCGGGUGCUCUGCCUGCUGGCGCUACCUAUCAUGCUCCUGGCGCACUACCCGCUGGUGCCAGCUAUCAUCCUGGCGGUUAUGCUCCAGCUGGUGCCACCUAUCAUGCUCCGGGACAAAUCCCAGCUGGCGCUAGCUAUUACCCAAGUGGCGGCGUUCCUCAUGGCGCCACCUAUUAUCCUCAACAACCGGUGCAUGCGGUGCCCCAAGGUGCCACCUUUUUGCCUGCAGGCGCAGCUAUUCCAGCUGGCGCUACUUACUAUCCACAAGCUCCCAAGUCUAGCUCUGGCUUUGGUUUGGGAACUGGUCUCAUUGCUGGCGCUUUGGGUGGCGCAGUGCUUGGUCAUGUGCUGACUCCCACACAAACUCGUGUUGUUGAUCAUGGCUACAGCGGUGGUGGCGGCGGAUACGGCGGUGGCGGCAGCAACAGCGGUGAUGAUAAAAUUAUUAUUAUAAACAAUGGUCCACCUGGUUCGGUCACCACCACAGGCGCCGGCUCCGGCACCACAGUUAUCAAUACAGGUGCAGCUCAGCCCGCGCCAGCUGCUGCUCCAGCUGCAGUUGCGCCAGCUCAGAUGCCAUACGCGCCAGCUCCAGCGCCAGCUUCAGCUCCAGCUGCAGGCGUAGAUGCCGCACCAGGUGUUGCUCCUCCUAUGACGCCCUUGGCUGCCAUGCCAGCUCUAGCGCCUGCACCGUCCGCUCCAGCUGCUCCAGCCGCCGCAUCUGGCGCUGCUCCAGCAGCUGAUCCCAAUGCAGCUGUCACACCCGCUCCAGGCGGCAUCAUUUGUGUGCCUGUGCGCGUGCCUGAGCCUGAUCCCAAAGAUCCCACCAAAACAAUUGAAGUAGAGAAGGUUGCCUGCUAUCCAGCGCCUCCUCCAGAAGCAGCAGUCAAUGCCACCACACCAGCUCCCGCUGCAGUUGCAGCUCAACAGCCAGCUGUAAAUGCUUCUCCAGACUCUGGAGCACCACUUGCCUCCUUCCAACCCACGCCAGUUACAGUGCCCGAGGGCUCCGUGCCGCUGGCUCCCUUCCAGCCCAAUCAGCCACCAGAUGUUAUGCGCAUGCCUGGCCUGACAUCGGCGCGUCUUUCUGCUGAAUCGGGUCCGGGUCUGCAUGAUGCACGCAGUGGCGUCCAAUCUGUCACCAAACUGAGCGCUUUGUCCGCUCUGCUCACCGUGCUGGUUGCCUACUGUCUGCACUAGUCAUCUGGAGGAGGAUGAUCAUCACCAAAAUGAUUGCUAGCAUUUCUUUUAACUUCAGAUUUUCUAAACCAAUCGAAUUUCAUAUGUACUCGUAGCUUUGUUAAUAAAAUUCAAUCGAAUGUAUUAUUAAAAAUAUUUGUAAUGUA